AUGUCUUCCUCAAAGCUGUUUACCAUUAUUCUCUUCUCCCUUACCUUAGCUCUCAUCCUCCAAACAUCUUUUGGUGCUGACCCUCUCUUCCAUUUCUGUUCAAGCUCACAGAACUUCACAUCUGAUAGUCCCUAUGAAUCAAACUUGAAAACGCUCAUCAACUCACUUGUCUACAAGACCCCUCCAACAGGUUUUGGUGUUGUCUCAGUUGGCCAAUACCAAAACCAACAAACAUAUGGACUCGCUCUUUGCAGAGGUGAUGUCUCAACCUCAGAUUGCAAAACUUGUGUUUCUGAGGCUACCAAAGAAAUCCGCAGUCGCUGCCCUUACAAUAAAGGUGCCAUCAUAUGGUAUGAUUACUGCUUGUUCAAGUACUUGGAUACAGAUUUCUUUGGUAAUAUUGACAACACAAACAAGUUCUAUAUGUGGAACUUGAAUAAAGUAAGUGACCCUUCCACUUUCAACUACAAGACUAAAGAAUUAUUGAGUCAGCUUGCUCAGAAAGCUUCUGUGAACCCUAAAUUGUAUGCAACCGGAGAGCUAAAGCUUGAGGAAUCAGAGAAGCUUUAUGGGUUGACGCAGUGCACUAGAGACCUUUCUAGCAGUGAUUGCAAGAAGUGUCUUGAUGAUGCAAUUAACGAACUUCCGAAUUGUUGUGAUGGGAAAGAAGGAGGCAGGGUUGUGGGCGGAAGCUGCAACUUCCGAUAUGAGAUAUACCCAUUUGUCAAUAAAGAGUAA